GCCGAACUCUAAUCGGAUCCGGGUCGGGUAUGUAAUGUAAACCGGGUUUUUUGAAGCCCCCAUCUUCUCCGUCGAUUUUAAAGAUCCCGGCGAUGUUUUCAAGAUUUGUCCUAAAAAGUUGGAGACCUAAAACCCAAACCACAUCUCUCAAUUCAAUCAAAGGUUUUAGCUUUAGCUCUAGCUCGAUAAACCCUAAACCCAAAAUCCGAGUAGGGGUUUGGUGGGAUCUAGACAACAAACCACCAGCCUCUUUCCCGCCUUACGACGCCGCCGUCAAGCUCCGAACCGCCGCGUCGUCUUUCGGAACCGUGAAGCUAAUGAUGGCGUAUGCGAAUCGUCACGCCUUUAGCUACGUUCCUUUAGAAGUUCGAGAACAGAGGAAAGAUAGGAAAUUGCUAAACAAAUUAGAGAACAAAGGUUUAGUUAAACCACCGGAGCCUUACUUCUGCGGUGUUUGUGACCGGAGAUUCUACACUAACGAGAAGCUAAUUAAUCAUUUCAAGCAGAUUCAUGAGACAGAGAAUCAGAAACGUAUGAGACAGAUUGAAUCUUCGAAAGGACAUCGAAGAGUGAGACUUGUGGCUAAGUAUUCGAUGAAGAUUGAGAAGUAUAAAAGAGCGGCGAGGAAUGUUUUGACUCCGAAGGAAGGUUACGGUUUAGCUGAUGAGCUGAAACGAGCUGGUUUUUGGGUGAAGAUGGUUAGUGAUAAGCCAGAUGCUGCUGAUAAGGCGUUGAAGGAACAUUUGGUUGAAGUGAUGGAUAAGAGAGAAGUGGAGUGUGUUGUUUUAGUGUCUGAUGAUUCUGAUUUUGCGGGGAUUUUGUGGGAAGCUAAGGAGAGGUGUUUGAGGACGGUUGUGAUUGGAGAUUCGAACGAAGGUGCGCUGAAGCGAGUAGCGGAUGUUGCGUAUUCGUGGAAGGAAGUGACGAUGGGGAAGGCGAAGAAGGAAGUUGAGAAAGUUGUGGGGAAGUGGAAGGAUAGAGAUGUGUUGAAGAAGUUGGAGUGGACUUAUGAUCCUGCUUUGGAGAAAGAGAGAGGUGGUUCUUGCGGUGUUUGGGAUUACGAGUUUGAUUAUGAUGAUGAGAUUGAGAAUGGAACAGAGGUGGAACCUGUGGAGAUUGGUGAUGGUGUUGACUGGUGGAAGAUCGAUACUGAAGAUGGUGUUGGAUCUUCAAGAACUUGUCGAUAACAUCAUCGCAUAUGUCGUGGUUGAUUGCGCAGAGGAAGAUAACAUGGUAUAGGCUAGAGAACAAUCUUGUGAAUCUAUUGGCAUAUUACAUAAACUUCAGGCUAGAGAACAUUCAUUGUUUCUUGUUAUAAGAUUAUGCAGUGAUUUGAUUUGUUCUUCCAAACCAUCAUCGUUAGUCAAGUGAUUAGAGCUAUGUAAAAAUUGGUCAGAAUAAGAAUAAAUAUAUGUUUGAAUUC